AUUAGGGAGGGCCAGAUCUCUGGCAUUUCCCUGCACGGAUUCACAUCAGAGUUUCUGUCUGGAUUUGUGUCCAGUUGGACGAGGGAGGAAAGGAGAGAGGAGCACGGCUUAGUCCUGUGGCACCGAGUCGGAUCCGCGAUGGCAGCGAAUAAACCGGGAGUCCCUAGUCAGGGCCCUGUGACCUUUAAGGACGUGGCUGUCUACUUCUCAAAGGAGGAAUGGACACUGCUGGAUGCCUCUCAGAGACUGCUGUACCGCAGUGUGAUGCUGGAGAACUUCUCGCUCAUGGCCUCUGUGGGACUUGUACCUUCUGGAACCCAAGAAAUCAGUCAUCUGGAGCUGUGGGGAGAGCCCUUCAUCCAGGCACUGGGAAUCAUGACUCCAGCUAUGUGGACAGGUACGAGGAGGUUGAAGCUGGGUGAUGUGUCAGCUCUCCAGGAGGUUCAUGUCAAACAUCAUUUCCUGGUUCUCAUGUUCUGUGCCAAGGGGCAGAAUUAUUUCAGAUUUCCCUCUGUCAUAGCUUGCCGAGGUGCCUGGUCAUCAUCUGUAGUAUUUCUGAACCAGGGCUAUGCCACUCCUCAUGAGACCUCUGGUCUGUGGUCUUGGUAGAUGCAGCACUGCAGUGUGUCCUUCCCGCUCUCACCUGACCCCUUCAUCCUGACAAAUCUCCCGUCCUCGUCUCUAGCAUGUGCUUCCACACCAAAGUCUCCAUUCCCUUCAUCAGCAUUUCUCUUACUCAGGUCGUUGGAAUGGAGUGGAGGCUGAAAAUGCACCUGCUGUGCAGAGUAUUUCUAUAGAUGAAGGACUCGGUGCAGCCAUUCCCCAGCA